AUGAUUCUCAAACACAGUCUUAUUUUUCCUUCUCCUUCCCUGUCUACACCACCCACCAACCUCACCCCUGCAGGAGAAAGCACAGAAAGCGAGGGCGAAAGGGGGGGGUCUGGUGCAGGAGGGAGGGAUUCGGAGGAGGGGGAAGGGGGAAGUGUGGGAGGAGAGGGGGGAGUGGGAGCAGUGGUAGAGGAGGGAGCUGUGAGAAUGAGGAGAGGGGAGGAUAUGCAGCAACGGGUAGCAGAACUUAGUUUGCAAAUAGACCCUCAGGUGAGUCAGUUUGAGUCGGUGAGAAAUCUUUCAUAUGAGGAUAAGGAGAGGGGAGGACAUGCAGCAACGGGUGGAGGAACUUGCGUCUCUCCCUCUCCCUCCUCCACCUCCCCCCAGGCCCUUCACCGCGUGGAGUUUGGUGGGGCCUCCAAGGGCAACCCUUUGCCAUCCCGUGCCCUUCACCGCGUGGAGUUUGGUGGGGCCUCCAAGGGCAACCCUUUGCCAUCCCGUGCCCUUCACCGCGUGGAGUUUGGUGGGGCCUCCAAGGGCAACCCUUUGCCAUCCCGUGCCCUUCACCGCGUGGAGUUUGGUGGGGCCUCCAAGGGCAACCCUUUGCCAUCCCGUGCCCUUCACCGCGUGGAGUUUGGUGGGGCCUCCAAGGGCAACCCUUUGCCAUCCCGUGCCCUUCACCGCGUGGAGUUUGGUGGGGCCUCCAAGGGCAACCCUUUGCCAUCCCGUGCCCUUCACCGCGUGGAGUUUGGUGGGGCCUCCAAGGGCAACCCUUUGCCAUCCCGUGCCCUUCACCGCGUGGAGUUUGGUGGGGCCUCCAAGGGCAACCCUUUGCCAUCCCGUGCCCUUCACCGCGUGGAGUUUGGUGGGGCCUCCAAGGGCAACCCUUUGCCAUCCCGUGCCCUUCACCGCGUGGAGUUUGGUGGGGCCUCCAAGGGCAACCCUUUGCCAUCCCGUGCCCUUCACCGCGUGGAGUUUGGUGGGGCCUCCAAGGGCAACCCUUUGCCAUCCCGUGCCCUUCACCGCGUGGAGUUUGGUGGGGCCUCCAAGGGCAACCCUUUGCCAUCCCGUGCCCUUCACCGCGUGGAGUUUGGUGGGGCCUCCAAGGGCAACCCUUUGCCAUCCCGUGCCCUUCACCGCGUGGAGUUUGGUGGGGCCUCCAAGGGCAACCCUUUGCCAUCCCGUGCCCUUCACCGCGUGGAGUUUGGUGGGGCCUCCAAGGGCAACCCUUUGCCAUCCCGUGCCCUUCACCGCGUGGAGUUUGGUGGGGCCUCCAAGGGCAACCCUUUGCCAUCCCGUGCCCUUCACCGCGUGGAGUUUGGUGGGGCCUCCAAGGGCAACCCUUUGCCAUCCCGUGCCCUUCACCGCGUGGAGUUUGGUGGGGCCUCCAAGGGCAACCCUUUGCCAUCCCGUGCCCUUCACCGCGUGGAGUUUGGUGGGGCCUCCAAGGGCAACCCUUUGCCAUCCCGUGCCCUUCACCGCGUGGAGUUUGGUGGGGCCUCCAAGGGCAACCCUUUGCCAUCCCGUGCCCUUCACCGCGUGGAGUUUGGUGGGGCCUCCAAGGGCAACCCUUUGCCAUCCCGUGCCCUUCACCGCGUGGAGUUUGGUGGGGCCUCCAAGGGCAACCCUUUGCCAUCCCGUGCCCUUCACCGCGUGGAGUUUGGUGGGGCCUCCAAGGGCAACCCUUUGCCAUCCCGUGCCCUUCACCGCGUGGAGUUUGGUGGGGCCUCCAAGGGCAACCCUUUGCCAUCCCGUGCCCUUCACCGCGUGGAGUUUGGUGGGGCCUCCAAGGGCAACCCUUUGCCAUCCCGUGCCCUUCACCGCGUGGAGUUUGGUGGGGCCUCCAAGGGCAACCCUUUGCCAUCCCGUGCCCUUCACCGCGUGGAGUUUGGUGGGGCCUCCAAGGGCAACCCUUUGCCAUCCCGUGCCCUUCACCGCGUGGAGUUUGGUGGGGCCUCCAAGGGCAACCCUUUGCCAUCCCGUGCCCUUCACCGCGUGGAGUUUGGUGGGGCCUCCAAGGGCAACCCUUUGCCAUCCCGUGCCCUUCACCGCGUGGAGUUUGGUGGGGCCUCCAAGGGCAACCCUUUGCCAUCCCGUGCCCUUCACCGCGUGGAGUUUGGUGGGGCCUCCAAGGGCAACCCUUUGCCAUCCCGUGCCCUUCACCGCGUGGAGUUUGGUGGGGCCUCCAAGGGCAACCCUUUGCCAUCCCGUGCCCUUCACCGCGUGGAGUUUGGUGGGGCCUCCAAGGGCAACCCUUUGCCAUCCCGUGCCCUUCACCGCGUGGAGUUUGGUGGGGCCUCCAAGGGCAACCCUUUGCCAUCCCGUGCCCUUCACCGCGUGGAGUUUGGUGGGGCCUCCAAGGGCAACCCUUUGCCAUCCCGUGCCCUUCACCGCGUGGAGUUUGGUGGGGCCUCCAAGGGCAACCCUUUGCCAUCCCGUGCCCUUCACCGCGUGGAGUUUGGUGGGGCCUCCAAGGGCAACCCUUUGCCAUCCCGUGCCCUUCACCGCGUGGAGUUUGGUGGGGCCUCCAAGGGCAACCCUUUGCCAUCCCGUGCCCUUCACCGCGUGGAGUUUGGUGGGGCCUCCAAGGGCAACCCUUUGCCAUCCCGUGCCCUUCACCGCGUGGAGUUUGGUGGGGCCUCCAAGGGCAACCCUUUGCCAUCCCGUGCCCUUCACCGCGUGGAGUUUGGUGGGGCCUCCAAGGGCAACCCUUUGCCAUCCCGUGCCCUUCACCGCGUGGAGUUUGGUGGGGCCUCCAAGGGCAACCCUUUGCCAUCCCGUGCCCUUCACCGCGUGGAGUUUGGUGGGGCCUCCAAGGGCAACCCUUUGCCAUCCCGUGCCCUUCACCGCGUGGAGUUUGGUGGGGCCUCCAAGGGCAACCCUUUGCCAUCCCGUGCCCUUCACCGCGUGGAGUUUGGUGGGGCCUCCAAGGGCAACCCUUUGCCAUCCCGUGCCCUUCACCGCGUGGAGUUUGGUGGGGCCUCCAAGGGCAACCCUUUGCCAUCCCGUCCCGCCCCCCAGGCCCUUCACCGCGUGGAGUUUGGUGGGGCCUCCAAGGGCAACCCUUUGCCAUCCCGUGCCCUUCACCGCGUGGAGUUUGGUGGGGCCUCCAAGGGCAACCCUUUGCCAUCCCGUGCCCUUCACCGCGUGGAGUUUGGUGGGGCCUCCAAGGGCAACCCUUUGCCAUCCCGUGCCCUUCACCGCGUGGAGUUUGGUGGGGCCUCCAAGGGCAACCCUUUGCCAUCCCGUGCCCUUCACCGCGUGGAGUUUGGUGGGGCCUCCAAGGGCAACCCUUUGCCAUCCCGUGCCCUUCACCGCGUGGAGUUUGGUGGGGCCUCCAAGGGCAACCCUUUGCCAUCCCGUGCCCUUCACCGCGUGGAGUUUGGUGGGGCCUCCAAGGGCAACCCUUUGCCAUCCCGUGCCCUUCACCGCGUGGAGUUUGGUGGGGCCUCCAAGGGCAACCCUUUGCCAUCCCGUGCCCUUCACCGCGUGGAGUUUGGUGGGGCCUCCAAGGGCAACCCUUUGCCAUCCCGUGCCCUUCACCGCGUGGAGUUUGGUGGGGCCUCCAAGGGCAACCCUUUGCCAUCCCGUGCCCUUCACCGCGUGGAGUUUGGUGGGGCCUCCAAGGGCAACCCUUUGCCAUCCCGUGCCCUUCACCGCGUGGAGUUUGGUGGGGCCUCCAAGGGCAACCCUUUGCCAUCCCGUGCCCUUCACCGCGUGGAGUUUGGUGGGGCCUCCAAGGGCAACCCUUUGCCAUCCCGUGCCCUUCACCGCGUGGAGUUUGGUGGGGCCUCCAAGGGCAACCCUUUGCCAUCCCGUGCCCUUCACCGCGUGGAGUUUGGUGGGGCCUCCAAGGGCAACCCUUUGCCAUCCCGUGCCCUUCACCGCGUGGAGUUUGGUGGGGCCUCCAAGGGCAACCCUUUGCCAUCCCGUGCCCUUCACCGCGUGGAGUUUGGUGGGGCCUCCAAGGGCAACCCUUUGCCAUCCCGUGCCCUUCACCGCGUGGAGUUUGGUGGGGCCUCCAAGGGCAACCCUUUGCCAUCCCGUGCCCUUCACCGCGUGGAGUUUGGUGGGGCCUCCAAGGGCAACCCUUUGCCAUCCCGUGCCCUUCACCGCGUGGAGUUUGGUGGGGCCUCCAAGGGCAACCCUUUGCCAUCCCGUGCCCUUCACCGCGUGGAGUUUGGUGGGGCCUCCAAGGGCAACCCUUUGCCAUCCCGUGCCCUUCACCGCGUGGAGUUUGGUGGGGCCUCCAAGGGCAACCCUUUGCCAUCCCGUGCCCUUCACCGCGUGGAGUUUGGUGGGGCCUCCAAGGGCAACCCUUUGCCAUCCCGUGCCCUUCACCGCGUGGAGUUUGGUGGGGCCUCCAAGGGCAACCCUUUGCCAUCCCGUGCCCUUCACCGCGUGGAGUUUGGUGGGGCCUCCAAGGGCAACCCUUUGCCAUCCCGUGCCCUUCACCGCGUGGAGUUUGGUGGGGCCUCCAAGGGCAACCCUUUGCCAUCCCGUGCCCUUCACCGCGUGGAGUUUGGUGGGGCCUCCAAGGGCAACCCUUUGCCAUCCCGUGCCCUUCACCGCGUGGAGUUUGGUGGGGCCUCCAAGGGCAACCCUUUGCCAUCCCGUCCCGCCCCCCAGGCCCUUCACCGCGUGGAGUUUGGUGGGGCCUCCAAGGGCAACCCUUUGCCAUCCCGUGCCCUUCACCGCGUGGAGUUUGGUGGGGCCUCCAAGGGCAACCCUUUGCCAUCCCGUCCCGCCCCCCAGGCCCUUCACCGCGUGGAGUUUGGUGGGGCCUCCAAGGGCAACCCUUUGCCAUCCCGUGCCCUUCACCGCGUGGAGUUUGGUGGGGCCUCCAAGGGCAACCCUUUGCCAUCCCGUGCCCUUCACCGCGUGGAGUUUGGUGGGGCCUCCAAGGGCAACCCUUUGCCAUCCCGUGCCCUUCACCGCGUGGAGUUUGGUGGGGCCUCCAAGGGCAACCCUUUGCCAUCCCGUGCCCUUCACCGCGUGGAGUUUGGUGGGGCCUCCAAGGGCAACCCUUUGCCAUCCCGUGCCCUUCACCGCGUGGAGUUUGGUGGGGCCUCCAAGGGCAACCCUUUGCCAUCCCGUGCCCUUCACCGCGUGGAGUUUGGUGGGGCCUCCAAGGGCAACCCUUUGCCAUCCCGUGCCCUUCACCGCGUGGAGUUUGGUGGGGCCUCCAAGGGCAACCCUUUGCCAUCCCGUGCCCUUCACCGCGUGGAGUUUGGUGGGGCCUCCAAGGGCAACCCUUUGCCAUCCCGUGCCCUUCACCGCGUGGAGUUUGGUGGGGCCUCCAAGGGCAACCCUUUGCCAUCCCGUGCCCUUCACCGCGUGGAGUUUGGUGGGGCCUCCAAGGGCAACCCUUUGCCAUCCCGUGCCCUUCACCGCGUGGAGUUUGGUGGGGCCUCCAAGGGCAACCCUUUGCCAUCCCGUGCCCUUCACCGCGUGGAGUUUGGUGGGGCCUCCAAGGGCAACCCUUUGCCAUCCCGUGCCCUUCACCGCGUGGAGUUUGGUGGGGCCUCCAAGGGCAACCCUUUGCCAUCCCGUGCCCUUCACCGCGUGGAGUUUGGUGGGGCCUCCAAGGGCAACCCUUUGCCAUCCCGUGCCCUUCACCGCGUGGAGUUUGGUGGGGCCUCCAAGGGCAACCCUUUGCCAUCCCGUGCCCUUCACCGCGUGGAGUUUGGUGGGGCCUCCAAGGGCAACCCUUUGCCAUCCCGUGCCCUUCACCGCGUGGAGUUUGGUGGGGCCUCCAAGGGCAACCCUUUGCCAUCCCGUGCCCUUCACCGCGUGGAGUUUGGUGGGGCCUCCAAGGGCAACCCUUUGCCAUCCCGUCCCGCCCCCCAGGCCCUUCACCGCGUGGAGUUUGGUGGGGCCUCCAAGGGCAACCCUUUGCCAUCCCGUGCCCUUCACCGCGUGGAGUUUGGUGGGGCCUCCAAGGGCAACCCUUUGCCAUCCCGUGCCCUUCACCGCGUGGAGUUUGGUGGGGCCUCCAAGGGCAACCCUUUGCCAUCCCGUGCCCUUCACCGCGUGGAGUUUGGUGGGGCCUCCAAGGGCAACCCUUUGCCAUCCCGUCCCGCCCCCCAGGCCCUUCACCGCGUGGAGUUUGGUGGGGCCUCCAAGGGCAACCCUUUGCCAUCCCGUGCCCUUCACCGCGUGGAGUUUGGUGGGGCCUCCAAGGGCAACCCUUUGCCAUCCCGUCCCGCCCCCCAGGCCCUUCACCGCGUGGAGUUUGGUGGGGCCUCCAAGGGCAACCCUUUGCCAUCCCGUGCCCUUCACCGCGUGGAGUUUGGUGGGGCCUCCAAGGGCAACCCUUUGCCAUCCCGUGCCCUUCACCGCGUGGAGUUUGGUGGGGCCUCCAAGGGCAACCCUUUGCCAUCCCGUGCCCUUCACCGCGUGGAGUUUGGUGGGGCCUCCAAGGGCAACCCUUUGCCAUCCCGUGCCCUUUACCGCAUGGAGUUUGACGGGGCUUCCAAGGGCAACCCAGGGCGGGCAGGGGCGGGGUCUGUUCUGUUGGAUGAACAAGGCAACGAGGUGAGGCGGGAUUGGGCUGUAGGCAUGAGCUGGUUUGACGGGGCAUCCAAGGGCAACCCGGGGCGGGCAGCGGUGGAAUCGGUGCUGUGGGGACGAGCGUGGCAACGAGGGCUACCUGGGGCGGGCAGGGGUGGGAUCGGUGCUGAGCGCGGCAACGAGUUGGUGUGCAUGCGGGAGGGCGUGGGGCACGGCACGUGCAACAUGGCAGAGUAUCGCGCGUUCAUAGGGGGGCUGGAGCUGGCACUGGCGCUUGGGAUCACACGGCUUCACGUGCAAGGAGACUCCAUGCUCGUCGUCAUGCAGGUGCAGAAGAAGUGGAAGGUGAAUGCGGAGAUGCUGAGGGAGGAAUGCAAGCAAGCACAGGAGUUGGUAUCUCGGUUCAAAGAAAUCUCCAUCCGCCACGUGCCCAGGGAGUGCAACCAGCUGGCGGAUCUCCUCUCCAACGAAGCCGUGCCUCUAAAAGAGAACCAACGGGUAAUAAUCCCCUCUACCUGCACAACCCUCUUCCUCCACGGCACCACCCCAUCCCCUUCCGUACCCUCUCCCAAGCCCAUCCCCAGACGUCGCAGCCCCCCCAAAAUCCGCUCCUCUAAAGCCUCCCUUUGA